AUGGACAAACAAACCGUUGUCGUCCCUACCGCCGAGGUCAAGGAGGCCGUCGCCGCCGCUGAUGAGGCUGUUGCCGCCGAUAUUACUGCCGCUGUUGAUGCUGCUGCUGCUGAGUCCAAGGCCGCUGAGGAGAAGAAGGAACAGGAGCUCAAGGAACAGGCUGAGGCUGAGGCAAAGGCUGCUGAGGAGAAGGCUGCCGCCGAGAAGGCCGCUGCUGAAGCCGAGGCUGCCCGUAUCGCCGCUGAGGCCAAGGCUGCCGAGGAGAAGGCUGCUGUCGAAGCUGAGGCUGCCCGUAUCGCCGCUGAGGCUAAGGUUGCUGAGGAGAAGGCUGCCGCCGAGAAGGCCGCUGCUGAGGCCGAGGCUGCCCGUAUCGCUGCUGAGGAGGAGGCUGCUCGUAUUGCUGCUGAGGAAAAGGCUGCCGCCGAGAAGGCCGCUGCUGAGGCUGAGGCUGUCCGCAUCGCUGCUGAGGAGAAGGCCGCCGCUGAGGCCAAGGCUGCUGAGGAGGAGGCCGCUCGCAUUGCUGCUGAGGAAAAGGCUGCCGCCGAGAAGGCCACUGCUGAAGCUGAGGCUGCCCGUAUCGCUGCUGAGGAGGAGGCUGCUCGUAUUGCUGCUGAGGAAAAGGCUGCCGCCGAGAAGGCCGCUGCUGAGGCCGAGGCUGUCCGCAUCGCUGCUGAGGAGAAGGCCGCCGCUGAGGCCAAGGCUGCUGAGGAGGAGGCCGCUCGCAUUGCUGCUGAGGAAAAGGCUGCCGCCGAGAAGGCCACUGCUGAAGCUGAGGCUGUCCGCAUCGCUGCUGAGGAGAAGGCCGCCGCUGAGGCCAAGGCUGCUGAGGAGGAGGCUGCCGCCGAGAAGGCCGCUGCUGAGGCCGAGGCUGCCCGUAUCGCUGCUGAGGAGGAGGCUACUCGCAUUGCUGCUGAGGAGAAGGCUGCCGCCGAGAAGGCCGCUGCUGAAGCUGAGGCUAUCCGCGUCGCUGCUGAGGAGAAGGCCGCCGCUGAGGCAAAGGCCGCUGAAGAGGAGGCUGCUCGCAUUGCUGCUGAGGUUGAGGCCGCUCGUGUCGCUGCUGAAGAGAAGGCUGCUGCUGGGGCCAAGGCUGCCGAAGAGGAGGCCGCCCGCAUUGCUGCUGAGGAGGCCGACGCCGCCGCUGCUGCCAAGGCUGAGGAGGAGAGAAUCGCCGCUGAGAUCGAGACUGCCCGUAUUGCCGCCGAGGAGAAGGCCGCCGCUGAGGCCAAGGCUGCUGAGGAAGUUGCUACUGCUGCUGUCGCCAAGGCUGCCGAGGAGAAGGCCGCCGCUGAGGCUGAGGCUACUCGCAUUGCUGCUGAGGUCGAGGCUGCUCGUAUUGCCGCUGAGGAGAAGGCCGCCGCUGAGGCCAAGGCUGCUGAGGAGGUCGCUGCUGCUGCCGCCGCCAAGGCUGCCGAGGAGAAGGCCGCCGCUGAGGCUGAGGUUGCUCGCAUUGCUGCUGAGGUCGAGGCUAUCCGUGUCGCUGCUGAGGAGAAGGGCGCCACCGAGACGGCUGCUGCUGAAGCUAAGGCUGCCGCUGAGGCCAAGGCCGCCGAAGAGGAUGCCGCCCGUGUUGCUGCCGAGGUUAAGGCUGCCGAGGAUCAGGUUGCUGCUGAACUCAAGGCUGCUGACGAGAAGGCCGCUGCUGAGAAGGCUGCCGUUGAGGCCAAGGUUGACGAGGUUGUCGCCGCCCCUGUUGCCGUUGUCGCCGCUAUCGAGGAGGCUUCAUCAUCAACCCCCGCUGUUGCAGAGGAGAAGAAAGCCGAUAUCCCAGAGGUCACCGCCAUCCCAAGCUUGAAGCCUGUAGAGGAAAUCAAGGCUGUCGCUGCUGAGGCACCCGUCGCUGCCGCUGCUGCACCCGUCGCAACACCAAGCCUCAAGAAGGAGAAGACCAAGAAGGAGAAGAAGGACGGCAAGGCCUGCUUGAUCAUGUAA